UACAUAAAAUAAGCAUGCAUUAUUGAAGAGUCAAACAGGAUUUUAUGUGUCUAACAGUGAUUAUCAGCCACUCUACUAGUAAGCACAGAAUUCCUCCCAGGAUUAUCUUUGGGAAAAUAUAAUAAUAAUUCUUUACAUCCUAUGUUGCCGAUGACCAGAUUACACUGUUAUUCAUGAUAAGGGACACGGUCACAUUAAGACCAAUCCAUCACUGUCAUUCGUUUGAGAUAUUUUGAAUGUAAAUAUUCAGCAACAGGGGGUGUCUUCUGACCAUCUCUAGGAGUGCCGAAAUCCUCAUACUAACGCCACCCUCGGGACCAGCAGCCAAAACAGGGUAAUCCCAGCCCUCAACUGGGCGGCAGGCGAAGAGUGUAAGCCAGAGGAUCAUCGUCUGUUGCCGGCCAGUAGCAGUGUGUGUGCUCACUGCUCCAGUGCAGAGAAGGACAUGGGGGAAUUUAAGGAACCUGAGGAGGAUGGUGCAGGUCCGCUGUCAGGGAGCGAAGCUCUGCCGUGUCGGUUUGGCCAUCAGAGAAAUGAAACCCAGGAGGGUAGUAAACUUCAGCAUCACAGAACUCUUGAUAUGCUGUCCAGUCUCCAUGGAGACCCUGUCCUCAAGAAAAAGACCGCCUCCAUCACAGGGCUACUGAAGUCUCAUCUGCUGACAGAGAAGUCCCCUCCUCAGGAAUUAUUCAUCUCCCAAGUGCUAUUAAUAUUACAGAUCAAAGUGCCUGGCCAGCGGGGCCGCCUGGGUAUCAGCAUUGCUGGUGGGAAGGGCUCUCAGCCUUACAAAGACCAUGAUGAGGGCGUUUUUAUUUCCAGAGUAACAGAAGGGGGGGCAUCAGAAAAGGCAGGAGUCCACGUUGGAGACAGACUGCUGGAGGUCAACGGCCUCAACAUGCAGAGGGCGACCCACCACGAGGCGGUCAGCGCCCUCAGGAAUGUGUCCUGGAUGAGCUUCAGGAUCCUCAGGAAGUAA